AUGGCUACUCUUGACUCCCUUAAGUUGGCACUCAGGGGCAAGGUCAAGGCCACAGGCCCGCCUACUCGUCAUCUCCUGUCCGAUGAAGAGUACAGCGCCGGAUUCGAUAUCCUCUCGCAGGAAACAAGCUACCAGGACUUUGUCAUCCCCCGGCUAUCCCAAUUGCUCGCGCCCCUCUUCGACUCCCGGGUCCGUGUCUCGGUGCUAGAGAUUGGACCGGGCCCAACAUCGGUACUGGGUUACUUGCCUGACCGCAUGAGACGGAAGAUCACAAAAUACACCGCACUCGAGCCCAACGUAUUGUUCGCUGCAAGACUAGAAAAAUGGCUAUGCCCUGCAUCCCAAGCAACGCCUCCGCUCCCCUGCCUGGACAGCCCACCUGAUAUCUAUCGGGUUCCGUUCGUUGUGGACUCGGAAGGCGCUACUACCGGUGCGCAAGGUCUCGACAGAAAGUUUGAUGUUGUCCUCUUCUGUCACAGCAUGUAUGGCAUGAGACCUAAGCAUCGCUUCAUCCGACAAGCGCUGGACAUGCUUCCUGAUCAGCCACAUGGGGGUUUAGUGGUGGUCUUCCACCGCGAACGUCUGUCCCUGGACGGCCUGGUUUGCCAGCAAAUGGCGUGUAACCCUACCGGCGUCGUCCGUGUAGCAGACGACGUCGAGGUAGUCGACCGCUUCGCCGCUUUCAUCGCGGGUUUCACCGCACCCGCCACGGCCACCCGAGCGGAGUGGCGCGAGUUGUGCAGCGCCAAGGGCCGCCGCUGCCGUGAUGAGAAAGUCGCCAACCAGUUCUAUCUCCUUUUCAGUGCACCCACCGUCAUGGUGGCGUUCACCAAGCAUGCAACGACGGCGUUGCCGGAGCUUGCAGCUGAAGUCCCACUGUUGAGUGGGGACGGAGAUGGGAAAGUUAAGAACCGGGAAGCCCGCCUCCGCCGUCCUGCUGCGAUUGCGAGGCCGGUAGUGGUCGGACAUGUCCAGGCGUGCGUCCGGUGGGCGCUCAAGCACCGUGUUGGAUUGAGCGUCAUCGGCGGGGGCCACAGCGGCCACUGUCUCUGGCCAUGUGUCGUCAGCGUUGACAUGCGCGCGUUUGGCCAAGUUCAUAUCCUUCCUGACCGGGAGGGUUCGGAUUCUGGUCCCAUGAUUAUCGCUGGGGCUGGUUGCACGACGGGUGACAUCAUCCGCAAAGCCAUGGCGGUGGGCCUGACCGUACCCCUGGGGGCUCGCCCAAGCGUAGGCGCGGGACUGUGGCUACAAGGCGGUAUUGGGCAUCUAGCCAGGCUUCACGGCCUUGCGUGCGAUGCUAUUAUUGGUGCCGUGGUGGUCAGCGUCGCUUCCGCCGAGGUUGUCGUCGUCGGUCGUGUGCCGGACCAGUACUGGCCGGCUGGUGCAGUGCACUUGAGCGAGACCGAUCUGUUAUGGGCUAUGAAGGGUGCCGGUAAUAAUUUUGGCAUUGUACUCAGCGUUGCCUUCAAGGCAUAUGCGGCGCCGACCUACUCUGUUCGAAACUGGGUUGUCAAUCUGGGCGACCAGCGCGAGGCGCGGCGCAAGCUCAGUGACUUUGACAGAUUGGUAGCCAGACAACUACCCAGGUCCUGUUCUGCCGAUGCGUAUCUGUACUGGGACAACGGGAGCUUGCGUCUCGGCGUGACUAUGUUCGAGACAUCUACAGCCGGGACUAGCUGCAAGACACCCCCAGCCGCACUCUCGAACAUCGCUGCGAUUCUAGGUCCACAAACAAGUUUCCGGACAGUGGAUUCCGUCGGUGUGUUCAAAGCCGAGAUGUACAUGUCCGGGAUACAUGGCGGGCACGGUGGCGGCAAGACGUCCUCCUUCAAGCGUUGUUUGUUCCUGAAGCACAUUGGAGAGACCAACAUACCCGACAUCCUGACGGCGGCUGUGGAGACGCGCCCUACACCACUCUGUUAUCUCCAUCUGGUCCAUGGCGGCGGAGCAGUCGGCAACCUGGCGGCAGAUUCCACCGCAUUUGGCUGCCGAGACUGGGACUUCGCCUGUGUGGUGACCGGUGUCUGGCCUCGGGAGCAGGAUGGGGCUGAGCCCGCUCGAGCCGCUGUGGACUGGGUCUACAGGGUCGUCGGGGAGUUGCUGCCCGUGAGCUGCGGAGCGUACGGCGCUGACCUCGGGCCAGACCCCCGAGACGCGGAGCUGGCUGUUAGGGCGUUUGGACCAAACUUAGCUCGCCUGGCUCAUCUUAAACGCGCCUGCUGGGACCCGUGUAAUGUGCUAUCGUACGCCUGUCCACUCCCGAGGGCAUCCAUGGAGCCAAGGCUUAUCGUUCUCGUCACCGGGAAGAGCGGCGCCGGAAAGGAUUACUGCGCAGACAUCUGGGUCUCCGUAUUUAAUAACAGAGGGUUCAAGGCAUGCGCCGUUAGCAUUAGCGAAGCGACCAAGCGCGAGUACGCGGCAGCCACUGGCGCUGAUGUGAAUCGUCUAUUACACGAACGUGCCUACAAGGAGCAACACCGACCAGCAUUGACAGCCUUUUACCAGAACCAGGUACAGCAACGGCCCCAGCUACCAGAGGAACAUUUCUUGGAGGUGGUUAAAAGCGCUGUGGAUGUGGACGUGCUGUUCAUCACCGGCAUGAGGGACGAGGCGCCGGUUACGUUCUUCUCGCACCUGGCACCGGACAGUACACUGGUCGAAGUUUACAUUCAAGCUAGCCACAAGACGCGGCAAGCUCGCCGGACUGGCAACCGCGACGAUGACCCGGAUUCAAGUCCACCACCCUUGAACUACUGCCCCAGUUUCGUCUUCGACAACGACGUAACUGGAGACGGGGCGGUUAGAGCGUUUUCCGAGCACCACCUACUCCCCUUCUUCCACGAAGAUCUGCAGCGGCUAGCAGCUAUGGUGCGCUCAGUCCCGGACUUUCCACGCCCGGGCAUCGAGUUCCGCCACGUGCUCGGGAUCUCCCAGCAACCGGGCGGGCUGGCCUUGUGCACCGCCCUGCUGGAACGUCACUUCUCCCGCCAGUGGUCUGCGGUCGACGUGGUGGCAUGUUGCGAGGCCGGUGGUUUUAUCUAUGCGUCGGCGCUGGCGGCCCGAGUCGACGUGCCCUUGGCGCUGAUCCGCGAGGCUGGCAAGCUGCCCCCGCCUACCGUAUCCAUUGCCAAGUCCGCGUCAUAUAUCUCAGCCUCGGCAUCCAAUCACGACUCCAAGGCAAGGAUCGAGAUUGACCAGGAUUUGGUCCGUAAGGGUGCGUCUGUGCUGGUGGUGGAUGAUGUUCUCGCCACGGGAAAGACGCUCUGUGCGGUCCUCCAGCUGUUGGGUGAAGCUGGCGUCGAUCCCGAAAAUGUGAGUGUCAUGGUCGUGGCCGAGUUUCCUGUUCACCGUGGCCGGGAACUGCUGCACCGGCAUGGUUUUGGCAGAGUUAAUGUUCAGAGUCUCUUGGUCUUUGGUGGCAUAUAG